UCAUGCUGGUGCCCAGGUUCAGAGUGUGUCAUAGGGGUCGCUGUAUGGCCUCCCAUUGCCUGCUGCCAGGCCCGUAAUCUGCCAUGGGCCCCCGUACCGACUCCUCAUGCUGCUGCCAGGCCCGUAAUCUGUCAUGGGCCCCCUGUACCGCCUCCUCAUGCUGCUUGCCAGGUCCAGAGUGUGUCAUGGGUCCCUAUACGGCCUCCCAUUGCUGCUGUCUCCAUCGCCACACUCUGCCAUGUGCCACUUUCAGGUCUCCUCACACUGCUGGUGGGUUCCAUUUUGUCAUAGGGUGCUGUAUGGCCUCACCAUUGCUGCUGCCUCCA